GUGAACUGUUCUGCUGUCCUGCCUGCUAAAAAUCAGAAUAUUUUCACAGAAUAGAAAGUUUUUUUGUUUUCAACGAUCAAAUUUUACAAGAUUUUAAGUGCUCUUUCUUUUGCAGAAACCAAUUACAAAAUUCCGAGAUGGCAGAAGUUGCUGAAGUAAGUACGACUUGCCCGACAGAGUUGCUUGGUGUAGGAAGACGACACCUUGCUGUGCGAGACUUUAGUGCUGCAGCAGAAGCUCUGGCAAAAGCUUGCGAACUCCUUGCCAAAGAACACGGAGACACUGCCGAUCAAUGCGCUGAGGCAUAUUUGUGGUAUGGUAAAGCAUUAUUGGGAUUGUCCAGAGAAGAGAGUGGUGUGCUUGGUGAUGGUAUGCCAGGUGCUGGAAAUGCUGACAAUGAAGAAGAAAAUGAAGGCGAAGAAGAAAAUGGUGAUGAUGAAAAUGAACAGAACGUAGAUGAAGUGAAAGAAGCUGAAGCUGCAGUUACGGAGCCAGAAGCAUCUGAACCGGAAUCCACCACAAAAGAGGAUGAAUGCAGUAAAGCUGAAGACAAUGAGCCGAUGGACUCUAACGAAGCCAACGAGGAACCUGGUCCUUCCAAUGGUGAUGUAAAUGAAGAAUCAGAAGUGAAUUUGGAUAAUGAAGAUGAUGUGGAUAACUUGCAGUUAUCUUGGGAAAUGCUGGAUUUGGCUCGCAGCAUCCUCCGUCGCCGCGUGGAAGUGGGCGGGGGAGACUCGGCUCGAGCCCUAUUAGCCGACGUACAUCUCGCGCUGGGGGAGGUCGCGCUAGAGAGCGAGACCUACGACAAGGCCGUUAUCGAUAUGCAAAGCUGCUUGGACCUACAAAAAGAACUGUAUCGUACCGACGACAGACGUAUUGCAGAAACGCACUACCAAAUCGGCUUAGCAAACUCGCUGGCUUCCAACUUCGAAGAUGCCAUCACCCACUUCAAGAACGCCGCAACCAUUCUAGAAACUCGCAUAAAAACAUUGGAGAAUCCCGAAGCAGCCACUGAUGAUGCCACAGUCAAAAAGUUUAAGGCAUCGGAUCCGUUCUAUUCAGUGGAGGGCGAAAUAAAGGAAUUGAAGGAACUUCUGCCCGAGAUACAGGAAAAGAUCCAAGAUAUGAUGGACUAUAAAGCCGAGACGGUAAAGCGGUUGCGGGAAACAUUAUGCCCUCCCAACGGCGAAGGACCCUCUUCAUCAUCGUCAUCAUUGCACACCAAUGGAGCAGGCGCGAGUUCUAGCACGACGGAACCAAAGCCAGCUGCUUCAGACAUAUCGCAUCUAAUAAAACGGAAGCGGAAGUCAAGCGAAGGCGACGCUGGUGCCUCCGCACCCAAGCGGGCGAACACGUGAACUAAUUGUGCUAGAACAGUAUACGGGUCGGUAGGCUGAUAGAGGAAAAUUGAGAGAACAAAAUUAAUGAAAAUUUUAGUAGUUAUAUAUGUGUGAUUCAUGACGAAUAUGAAUGUCACUUGAAGGGGUGAGUGGACAAAGGCCUUAACUAACAAAAAGUUCAAAAUGAGUUAUGAGUGUUUGAAAAUGUU